AUGGCUUGCAGGCUUUCAGACCGGAUUGGCACGCGGCCGUCGAGCAGUUGGUGGCAGGAGCCAGGGGACGGGAGAGCAGGUUUUCGCUGGAGGGGACUCACAGCCGUAGCUGCCGAGGCUCCCCCAGCGCCCGCCGCCGCGCGCCCCUCUCAGCCGCGCGCCACCAGCGCCACCUGCCGCCACCUCGUGCAGCCGCAGAGAGGAGAAAGAGGUGACUCCGCCUCAGAUGGAGAGACUGUCAAAGUCACGAGAGAGUUGGUGACGUCCAACCUCAUUCCUGGUGACCUUGAGGUGAAAAGGUCCAUGUGUCCUGCUGCCUUCUGGGGAGCCUUUACCUGUGCUAGUGGAAGAACUGCCACGUUCUGUGCAGCCGCUAAAGUUUCCUCCCAGACACAAGAGGGCAGGUCUCAGGGAGGAGUCACAGAGUCCCGCCCCUAUCCUUCAGGAGACUGGCUAGGCUGCCUAGCAGAGAGCCCGCUCCAGAAACUGAGCUGUGGACUUGUGGACCAGUGGAGGACAGCACCAGAAAAGCUGACUGCAGAAGAGUUGUGUGAAUUCACAGGACAGCGGCUGAACUGGUGGCAAGCCCAAGAGUCCUGUGACCAGAGGUUUGGUCACCUGGCACUGGGGCCCCCAGAUAGGACUCUCACUUCACAUCUGCCUAACUCGGUCUGGGUAGGACAAAGAGAGGACCCGCUACAAAGUCAGCCCCAGAGGCGUGAUCACACCACAGCUGCUCUGGUCUUCCAGGAGAUGACUGCUGGCAGGGCCGCGCGGUUGCUGGAGGUUCUGCCUGCACUGGCGGCGCUCACGGCUUGCGCGCAUGUUCAGUGGGACAUGGCAGCAACGGAGGUGGCCACUCUCUUCUCCCUGGCCACACCUGCUGUCGCCAACGCUCUGCAGCUGCGCGCCUUCGCGGAGCCCAGAGGCUCCGUGCACGCAGUGCUAGUGGUGUGAGGCCACCAAGCGCCCUUCAACGCUGUCUUCCGCUCUGACAGCUGCUGGCACCACGUGUGCGCCACGUGGGAGUAGUACAGCGGGCGCUGGGCGCUGUUCACCAAUAGGAGGCGAUGCGCUGGGGCUCAAGGACUCAGUGUGGGCCAGCCCGUACCACCAGACGGUGUGCUUGUGCUGGGUCAGGAUCAGGACUCCCUGGGUGGCGGGUUCUCAGCCCGGACCCUCACCGACUUCCACCUGUGGGACCCGGUACUGAGCCUCCAGCAAGUGCGCAGAGCUCAUGCCUGAGCGCCACCCCGGGGCCUGCUCUUUCAGUGGGACCCAGAGGCCCUGAACGUCACGCCCACGCUGUUGCCCACUGUGCUUCUGAGCCUUCUUUGUCCUGUACCCUCAGAGCAGUGCCCCAGGUAGAACCCAGGACCUGGCACCAAAGGCUCUGAAUUCUGCUUGUACCCACAGCCCUCUCUCUGCUGCUAUCCAAAAGAGACCUAUCAGCAGCUUCAGGAUUUCCAGACAUGGCCGGAUCAGAACAUUCUCAGCAGAGUCAAUGCUUUGGCCAGUGCCACUGUGCUUGUCCCAAGCCCCCUGUCUGAAGCCCCCAGGAUCCUGUCCUUGGACAAAGCUUCCAGCUUCCUGUGUCUCCUGGAGAGAGUCAUGGCAGAGAAGCCAGGUCCCCUGGGACCUGUUACCCUGCUGGCCAUGCUGCACUUCCUUAGGAGGGUGACUGCUCUCAGAGUUGAGCAGCCAGAGCUGCUGACCCAGCCCUGGGAGGAGCUUGACAGAGGAUUUGUGUCUGUGGCCAGCCUGACCCUGGAGGAGCAAUCAGCCAGUGUGUGGCUGGCUGUCAAUGAGGUGGUUGGUGGGCCUGUGGCCCUGGUGAUGAGUGUGCAGCGCCUGGCAUCCCUGCUGAGCUCCAUGCUGACCUCUGCACAACCCCGAAUCGGCAUCAAGCAUCAUCUUGCUAGCCUGGAGGUGCGAAGCCUGCACCUGAGGUCAGCGCUGGAGGGCAUCAUUCCUGGCGAGCAUCCAGAUGGACCAGGCCACAUCCGCAUCCCUGCAGCUCCCCGGGAAAGUCAUGGUCAUCACACCAUCACCUCAAGAAUCUUCCAGCAUACCCUGGGGGGCAGUGGCCUAGAGUUCCAGGCCGAUAAUGGCUCAAAGGAUAUAAGAGUGCAGAGGUCUCUAAGCACCCAAGUGGGGUCAGCUCUACUCUCCUCAGAGGUGUGGGACAACACUGCUGGGGAGCUGGACACAGCUGUGACCUUUCACCUGCAGCACCAGGCCCAAGCACUGGGUGGUGCAGCACUUGUUUUUCCUCAGAAGAUUCUAGAGCCUGUCUGUGCUUUUUGGGACUUCAGUGUCAGCUCAGAUGCAGGGGGCUCCUGGGCCACCACGGGCUGCUGGGCUCCUGUACACCCAGACUCGACCACCUGCCCCUGCAACCACAGCACCAGCCUCGCCAUCCUGCUGCAGGUGUAUGAAGUGCAGGGAGGUCCUGGAGAGGAGUCGCUGCUGAGGACUCUGUCAUUCGUGGGCUGUGGCGUGUCCCUCUGUGCCCUUGCUACCACCUUCUUGCUCUUCGUGGCGGCUGGGGCUCCCACUUCCAAGCGGACCACGAUCCACAAGAAUCUUAUUCUUUCCCUGGCCUCUGCUGAGGGCUUCCUCAUGACCAGUGAGUGGGUGAAGACCAACAAGGUGACCUGUGUGGCUGUCACAGCAGCCAUGCAUCUUCUCUUUCUGGUUGCCUUCUCCUAGCAAGGUGUAGCUGUGAGCAUGCACCCAGGCCCCAGGAUGAGGCUGUACUGUGCUGCAUGCUGGGGCAUUCCUGUGGUCAUCGUGGCCAUCACUCUAGCAUUGCACACUCAUGACUACGUGACUUCUGGACACUGCUGGCUCAGUGUUUGCACUGAUGCCAUCUGGGCCUUUGUGGGGCCCGUCCUGUUGGUGCUGACUGCCAAUACCUACAUCCUGGUCCGUGUGGUUACGGUCAUUGUAUCCAGCACCCGCCGCCAUGCACGAAUGCUGAGCCUUCAGCCUGACCUACAUCAGAAGAUCAGGUUUUAGAUGUGGGCCAUGGUGAAACCUGUGCUGGCCCUGCUACCUGUCCUGGGCCUGACCUGGCUGUUGGGCCUCCUGGUACACAUUAGCCCAACCUGGGCCUACGCUGCUGUUCUUCUCAAUUCCUUCCAGGUGCAGAAUGCGUUACAGAGGAUGACAGAGAAGAAGGCAGCUGAGGUGCUCAGGGCAGAGCAGGUGCACCUGGCCAAGGGAGAGAGGCCCUGA